AUGCAGGGGCUGCUGAUUUUGAGUGUGCUGCUGGGGGCUGCCCUCGGCAAAGAGGACUUUGUGGGGCACCAGGUGCUCCGAAUCUCUGCCGCCGAUGAGGCCGAGGUGCAGACGGUGAAGGAGCUGGAGGACCUGGAGCACCUGCAGUUGGACUUCUGGAGGGGCCCUGCCCAGCCAGGCUCCCCCAUCGACGUCCGAGUGCCCUUCCCCAGCCUCCAGGCUGUUAAAGUCUUCCUGGAAGCCCAUGGCAUCAGAUACAGGAUCAUGAUCGAGGAUGUGCAGUCGCUGCUAGACGAGGAGCAGGAGCAGAUGUUCGCCUCCCAGAGCUGGGCCCGCAGCACCAACUCAUUUAACUAUGCCACCUACCACACCCUGGACGAGAUCUAUGACUUCAUGGACCUGCUGGUGGCCGAGCACCCGCAGCUUGUCAGCAAGCUCCAGAUCGGCAGCAGCUAUGAAGGCCGUCCCAUCUACGUGCUGAAGUUCAGCACUGGGGGAAGCAACCGUCCAGCCAUCUGGAUCGACUUAGGCAUCCAUUCCAGGGAGUGGAUCACCCAGGCCACUGGGGUCUGGUUUGCAAAGAAGUUCACAGAAGACUACGGCCAGGACCCGACUUUCACUGCCAUUCUUGACAGCAUGGACAUAUUCUUGGAGAUUGUCACCAACCCUGAUGGUUUUGUCUUCACUCACAGCCAGAAUCGAUUGUGGCGCAAGACGCGAUCUGUCACAAGCUCCCUCUGUGUUGGGGUGGACGCCAACCGGAACUGGGACGCCGGCUUUGGGAAGGCAGGAGCCAGCAGCAACCCCUGCUCAGAGACUUAUCACGGCAAGUAUGCCAAUUCCGAAGUGGAGGUCAAGUCCAUUGUGGACUUUGUGAAAGACCAUGGGAACUUCAAGGCCUUCCUCUCCAUCCACAGCUACUCCCAGCUCCUCCUCUAUCCCUAUGGCUACACAACACAAUCAGUCUCUGACAAGAAUGAGCUGAAUCAGGUGGCUAAGUCUGCUGUUGAGGCCCUGAGCUCUCUGUAUGGGACCAGCUAUAAGUAUGGCAGCAUCAUCACAACAAUUUACCAAGCCAGUGGAGGCAGCAUUGACUGGUCCUACAACCAAGGCAUCAAGUACUCCUUCACCUUUGAACUCCGGGACACGGGGCGCUAUGGCUUCCUGCUGCCAGCCUCCCAGAUCAUCCCCACGGCCCAGGAGACAUGGCUGGGGCUUCUGACCAUCAUGGAGCACACGCUGAAUAACCCUUACUGA